UUUUGUACAUACGGAGGAGAUUCCUGGUGCUUUGAAGCCCUAUCGUGACUUGCAGAAGGAGCUGAAGCUGGAGAACUACUUCACAGGUGUAGUAUUUGAAGGUAAAUUAAUUCAAGUUUCAGAACACCGACGUUACUGCGCCGCGGUCUGGUGGGUCGUGAUUCCUGAGGAUUAUGGCGACUGAUUUGGAAAAUCGAAGUCCAAUUCAAGAUGUGGCGGAACUCGACAAAAGAAAUGAGGAAAUCGCCGCACUCAGGGAAAUUUUGUCCUCUAUGACGUCUGGUGAAGGUGACCUGCGGGAUGCCAAACUCAUUGAGUUGUUCAAAAAGAAUAAGAUGCUCAAUGUGCAAUUGGAGCGCGAAAGAACCCGAACAAGGACAAUGCGAAAGACAGUGACAUUCAUCCAAGAAGAGCUGCGAAGGCGUGAACAAGUUGAGGUGCAGGAGGACAAAUUAGUGAAAAUGGGCGUCUACUAUUGGGUUGACAAGUACCAAAGGACAAGCACAAAACUCAUGGAGGCUCAGUCGAAAAUCGGAGCCAUGGAUACCAAAAUUCACAAAUUGAUGUUCGCACUCCGUAGAGAGGUCGGCAAUCACAUGCCAAUCGACAAGGUGCUUGAGGAAGGCAGUGGAUGGGUUGGCAGGAGCGAGCAGAUCUCUCUCCUUAAGCACAAAGUGGAGGAGCUGAAGAGCCUGUGUAAGGAUAUGAUGCCCACAUCCAAGCCCGUCCGCCACACAACUCUACACCACGAUGACAGGAGAACGGUGGAGAUCCUCCACCGGAAUCAGAUAGAAAAGGUGGACCAUGAUCGAAGGGUUCAAUACGAUAAUCUAGUCCACGAUUUCGUCCGGCUGACCAAAGCUUGGGGAGAGCAACGUGACAAGCUCAUUGCAUCGAAUGCACGUCGGAGCGUUCUAGAGAAACAGAUCUUCAAAGCAAAAAACACAGUCGCUGUCUUACUGAGUAAGAGCAAAAAUGAUGACCUCCUCAUUAACGCUCUUAGUAUCGAGCUUGGAGGCAUGAGACAGUACCUGUAUGUGCUCAGACUCCUACUGUUUUUUUACAUUGGUUGCCUUAAUUGGUGGGAAAGGCUGCUGAUCCACCUUAUUCCAACCAUGGUGGCCCAACUCACCUGGAAUAUGUUGCGAAUCACAACAAGCUUGCUGCCCAAUAUCAUAAACUUUAUACCCAGUGUCACGAGCAGGAACGGGAAAUUAACGUCCAAGGCGAGAUCAUUCAGACUUUCCAGGAUGCUCUUGAACCGGACGAUGUAACAGAUUGGGUUACCACAAGUUUUGUGCGUAGUUCCUACAAAUCAGAACCGCGGAUGAUCCUGCACGAUGACUCUUACGAUGAGAAGAGUCCUGAUUAUGAAAAGACUUUGGAAGCAGAGACUAAGGAAGCUGAUGUAUAUUGAUCUCAAGGGAUUGAUCAAAAUGAUAGUGAAGUGUUAUAUUAGGUAGCAACAAGCAGAAAUUACUCAAUUCAGUCUGGAGUCGUUCAGUCCAGAGCGUGCUGAGCAAUUCAGUCUAGGGUGUUUCACAUGAAUGAACAAAAAUCAGUGAGGGUCGACAAUCAUCGACACAUAUUUUAAUUGACUGAGAGAUGUCAUCGAU